CGUUCGCUCAUUGUGUAAUGCGCGCUCACGGACAUGCGGAUUGCUUCAUCUCAGUCAGCUGUGUUAAGGAACGCGCUUAAUCUCCAUGGAGACUCGGACGCGUCCCUUCAGAGGCUCGGGCUCCGCCGGAGAAAAGUCAAUCCCCACAGAAUGUUCAACAGCUGGGCAAGACAGGCAGCUGAGAGCCUCACUAAUGCUCAACACAUGCGAGAGGUCAGACAAAGGAUAGACCUGGACCAUCAAGAACGCCUGCGCAGGCGAGAGCAGGAGAGGGCAGAGGCCGAGCUGAAGAGAGAAACACACCCAAGACGGUUGCCAGCGCCACCCUUGCUCAACAAGCACAGAGCACGCACCUAUGACAGGCCUUGGGCAAAGAACACAGCAGGUACCAAAAAGCCCUCCUCUACCUCCGAUCGCGUCCAUGAGCCCAGGGCAGGCCAUUUGUCAAACAGAAGCUGUGCGUCCAAGCUUCCUGUCAUUGCCCGCAGAGCUCAGACGCAGACUCUGACAGUUUCUGGGAAGACACAGCGGAGAGCUCCAGCCACUGCGACACAGCUCGGUAAAGUACUACCUCCACCAUGCCACAAACAGAAUUCGGUGAAUGAGAAAAAUGCCGGUUGUAAACUGGCACCCAGUAAAGACUUUUAUUCUCCGAGAAGAACGCAAAGCAGGAGGCCCAGAGAGGCACCCAGCCAAGAGAUGGAAAAGGAUAAGCCCAAAGUCACACUCACCCUUAGCCGGCAGGCCUUAUCUCCCAUCCGCGGUUUGGACAGCAGCUCUGUCCCAUUACCCUUGUCUUCCCCUGAUUGGACCCCAGUGGACUGGUCUCUGAUGUCAUCACUCCACUGUCGUUCCCCCAGCCCCGUGGACGAGUCAGAUCUCCAACUGAUUUCUCACCCCUUCCAAGAGUGUAUGAAUGAAAGCAGCAUUGGCGAGGAUAUAGGCGACAACGAGACCAGCGGCAGUAGAAUUCUUUGUGGAACAGACUUAUCUGUAAGCUCAGCGGACAGUGGAAUUUCCCGCUCAAGCUGCCCCUCAAAUAGCGGAGGAACCCCGGAGAACUCCCUCAGCGAUGAAUUCCGCUCCCUGGACUUGCUGCCUUCCCAGUACGGGGGUGAAAAUGACCCUUUGCCCACCUGGGUGAACCCAGAGAGUGGGGGUGACCCCAGCCCUCCCAGCUGCAGCCCACUCCGCAGCACACGUACCCCUGUGUUACUGGAGCCCCCAGUGAGGCUGGAGAACAGGCUUCUGGGGGAAACGGACAGAGCUUCUUUUAGAGGUGGAUACAGCCCAGUGCCACCCAUUUCUGAGAGGACUCAUGGGGACCGCCUCCCAGCCCCCACCGCUGAAGAGCAUCUAGAUCGGCGAAUCUCUGACCCUAGCGUCGGCCUCACGAGGGCUUCCUGGGGCCAGCUCAGCUCGGCAGGUCCUGAGAGUGGCCAGGAGACGGCGCCUGCAGAGGGGAGCCCCGCCACUGCGACUGGGAGGCGGUCCUUGGACGUUGUCAGGCUGGAAGAGCGAGAACAUGGGGGAGGAGCCUCGAUGAGCGGUGCCUCAGUGGGCGUGGCCUCUCGUAGACCAAGAACCAGUGGGCUGCUCGAUCACCUGGCCCUGGCGCUGAUGGCACUCCAGGAAGUGCGGAGGGAGGUGGUGCAGAUCCACCUGGACAGCACGCAAGAGAGAAGCGGAGGCGCAGCGGAGACCAAACCUCCAGCCGACCCAGAAACCUUGCGCAGGAUCACAGAAAGCCUGUUGGAGGAGGAGUCUGACGAGGAGGAGGGGGACCUGUGUCGGAUCUGUCAGAGCUGGGGCGGCACCCCCCAGAAUCCCCUGCUCACGCCCUGUCGGUGUACCGGCAGCCUGCAGUACGUGCACCAUGACUGUCUCAAAAGGUGGAUCCAAGCUAAAGUCCAGUCAGGAGCAGAGUUAACUGCUGUGAAGGCCUGUGAGCUGUGCAAGGCAAGCCUCAAUCUGGAUCUGGAGGGCUUUGAUUUGGAGGAGUGCUACAGGCAACGCCAGGCCCAGGUGGAGCAGGCCAGUCCGGAGCUGCACGUGCUUCGGCUCCUUCAGCAGAGGCUGUGGGACGUGGUGCGCGCGGUGGAGACGCGCAGCUACGCCACCUUCAAUGUGGCAACGGCACUCUACCUGAUUCACCAAACUGCUGGGAGUACAAGUGUGAGACUGAUGGUGGCCUCUCCUGAGAGUGCCAGGACAGGGCACCAGAGAAUGGCCCAAUCAGAAGAGACAUCUGACCCAUAAUCCUCCACAGCCACACUGCAGCAUGAGCAUUCUAGGCGCAGCUGUCUUCUUAAAACAGGGAUCUCAAACUCACAUCCUGGAGGGCUGCUGUGUCUGCUGGUUUUUGAUGUGUUCCUGUACUUAAAUGCUUAAUUUAAGUCAUUGAUUAGCUAAAGAGUCUGCACACCUUGUUUUCAAGGCUUAAAUUGACUGCAGAUUGAAAGGAAAUGACUAAAACCAGCAGAGACUGUGGGCCUUCAGGAGCUGAGCUUCAGACUCCUGUUUUAAUAAGAUAUUGGUCGCGAUUAAAGUCUAGUUAAUAAAAACAGGAUUUGAAUUUACCAGUCAGCAUUUUUAACAUUGCGUUGAAUGUCGACAAACACACUGGAUCUGUUUUACUUGCCAUGAAUGCUUAAUGACUAGUUUGAGUGAAAGUUCUAUAGCUUCUCCAGGGAUUAAAAUUAUUUAUCUUAAUGUUUAUGAAUGCUUAUCUGUUUUAUCGAUCUAUUUAUAUUUCUGUAUUAAUUCAUGACCAAUAAUGUUUGAUUUGAAAAGGAAUAAAUAAUAAAAUGUCAUAUUA